AUGAUUACCGUAGUGACUGAGGAGUAUUUUCCAGACAAAUACAGAAGGUACAGUAACUGUCAAAGACAGACAAAACAUCACUAUUAACCAUUUUGAGGUGGGGAAUCACUUUAUCAUGACCAAAAAAAAAGCACAAUUGCACAGUUUGAGUGAAGUUUUUAUGACAGUGUGUUUGAAUUUUUUGAAUCUCAUACAAUACCUUAAAAUUUCUCAAAAAUUCAGACUGCGACAAAGAAUCACUCUCUAAUGUCAGGCCCCUAAAACUUGGCCAUUUUGUAUUUUUGAAUGCUCUUGGGGUUUCGAGGAAUUAGUCUAUUUUUUAACACAAUAUUUUUUCAUUAUUAUUGACAAGGUCACUUGACUCUUAUGAGCAAAGAGAUAGCCAGUUUCAAGCUAUUGAAUAGUCGGGGGCUAAUGAAAAAGUGGGUGGUCAAUGGAAAAAAAAUGAGCCUUUCCCCUCGUCCCCUCUUUUUUUUUUUUUCACUCACUUAGCUAUUUGAGAAUAAUGGCCCAACAACAAUACCUCUACAAACUUGCAAUUCAUAUUCUAUCAAAACGUUAAGUAAAUCGGAAGCGAUGAUCUCUCCAUCUAAGCAGCUUGCAUGUCAACCUUUUUCCUCUCUCUUUCUAUUUUUGUUAGGUAUGUGGAGCUAAACACAAAGUUUAGUGGAGGCUACAAGCGUUACAGCUUGACCCUACCCAAAUACCUGCACAACAAACCAAGACCUUUCCUAAACCACUGUGAGAAGCGGAUAAAACAUGCAAGCGAAGUUCAAUCAAAACACAUCAGAGAAGAAGAAGGCGGAAAUUUCAAAGUCCAGUCCCAGACAGAUGAAGUUUGGUACGAUCUUUCUUUUGGUUCUGAGAAUAUCAUGCCAAGAUGUACCUGUCCUGAUUUUUGCCACACUGGGCUGCUAUGUAAGCAUUUUUUUGCAAUAUUUGACCUGUAUCCAAUGUGGCAGUGGGAUGCAUUACCAGAAAAGUUCCGACAAAACCCUCACAUCUCACUAGACUGGGAACAUGUCUUUGUUGAUGCUAAUAAAUAUAAAGCUACCGAUGAGUCCACUGAGGAAGGAAAUAAUGGCAUUGGCGAAAAUCUUAAAAGGGAUCUACAAGGUCAAAGAACUGGCAUACCCAGGCAGAGAACCAGAAAUCCUGAAGACCCAAUAAGGCAGGAAGCAAUGGUGUGUAGAGAGAAACUAAAAGAGCUAACAUCAAUAACAUACAACAUUGAAAAUUUAAAUGGCCUUAAGGAACUUAAUACUUCUCUGGAAUUAUUAGUCAACAAGUUUAAAAAAUGCCAAACAAUUGAUGAAAAGGAAAACUUUCCACAGACAUUGCUCAACAAACAGGUUAAGUCAAAUGGUAAAUCAUCUGCUGAGCAUUACCUUCCACUACCUGUGCGGCCCAAGAAAAACCGGUACAAAAACAGAGUUGGGGCAUUUGCAUCUAUGAUGCAAAAGCACUACAAAGUGAAUGUCCCUGUGAAUGGUGCCUCUAGUACCUCUGACAAAACCCAAACCAAAAAGAGUCUGAAAAGAAAAACAAAUCAGGCCUCAAAUAUUCCACACCAGCUAAGAAACAACGACGAGACUGGGGACAACCACCCCAGAAUGUGCCGACACUGAAUAGCAAAACAUCCUCUUCCAAUGGCAUAAAUGAUGCUCCCACUCCUACACCCACAGAAAAUUCAAAACCACAGUCAGCUCCACAGAAGCACACUCUCCUGAAUGAAUCUGGUGAAUCAGCUAAAGAAAACACAGAUGAGCACAACUACAACAGUCCCUGUGAUCCAGUCAUCCCUUCCUGUAAAUCACCUGUAAUUAUUGUCAAUGAUGAUUCUCCUGAUCCUCCAUUGUGGGUGAAAUUAGAAAAUUGCAAUCCUGAUGAUCCUGAAUCUAAACUAAUUCUUGAUCACGCAAGCAAAAGUAGUAUUCUCAACAAAACCAGCUGGCUAACAGAUUCAGAAAUCCAUGCAGGGCAGCUUCUCCUAAAGAAAGAAUUUCCAUUUCUAGAUGGCCUAAAUGAUACAACAAUCACUGGGUCACAUGUUGUGCCUGCUAGAUCUGACUUUGUUCAGAUUGUAAAUACUGGGUCACACUGGGUGUGCCUCAGUACAAUAGCAACAAGACCAGCUAGUGGCACUAUAAGGAUCUUUGACAGCCUUUACCUUAAACCCAGUUCAAUAGCAAUCAAACAUGCUUGUCGCAUGUUGAUGUUUCCUGGGGAUCAAAUCACCCUUAUAAAUGAAAAGGUCCAGAGACAAGUAGGUAUCAAUGAUUGUGGCCUAUUUGCUCUGGCCUUUGCAACUGACCUCUGCCAUGGUUUAGACCCUGUUAAUCAAAAGUAUAAACAAAAAUCUAUGCGGCAACAUUAUGUCCGCUGCCUGGAGAAUGGAGCAAUGGUGCCAUUUCCGAAAACAACAAGGAGAGUUCCUUUUCAUAUCAGCUGCAACAAAUCAUCUGUUGCUAUCUACUGUCCAUGUAGAAUGCCAUAUGAUAAAGAGGAAUAUGUUCAGUGCAGCUACAGAUGCAGAGCAUGGUAUCAUACUUCUUGUGUCAACAUACCAGAGUGGGCUAUUAACAGCGGUAGAAAGUGGAAGUGUGGCAGAUGCAGAGAAGCUACAAAAUAUUAA